AUGGUGACAAAGUUCUAUCAGCAUGCCCUGGCACUGUCAUUUGCUGUAAAGGAGAUCAACAGGGAUCCCAAUAUCUUGCCCAACCUAACCCUAGGAUUUCAUAUCUACGACAGCUAUCACCAUGAGAAGAUGACGUAUCGCACCAUUCUGGACCUUCUGUUCAAAUCGCAUAGGUUCGUUGCCAACUAUAGAUGUGAUUCCCAGAAAGACCUCAUUGCUGUUAUUGGGGGGCUCGGCUCUGACAUCUCCCACCACAUAGCAGACAUCCUUUCUCUCUACAAGAUCUCACAGGUGCUGCCAGUUUCUUUGUGUAGCAACCCCUGCCAGCCAGGGUAUCGGAAGAAAAAGAAGGAGCAGGAAAAAUUUUGCUGCUAUGAUUGCGUUCAGUGCCCAGCGGGAAAAAUGUCAAACCAGAAAGACAUGAAUGACUGUAUCAAGUGCUCAGAUGACCAAUAUCCAAGUACUAACCAAGACCAAUGUGUUCACAAAGCGAUCAUCUUUCUGUCUUAUGGAGAACCUUUAGGGAUCACUUUAGGCUUUCUUGCCAUUUUGUUUGCCGUAAUCACAGCUUUGGUACUAGGAAUGUUUAUUAAGCACAAGUGUAGCCCAAUAGUUAGAGCCAACAACCGGAAUAUCACCUACAUUCUUCUCGUCUCCCUUUCCCUCUGUUUUCUCUCUUCUCUACUAUUUCUGGGGCAACCAAGAAAGGUCACCUGCCUCUUACGACAAGCUGCUUUUGGCAUCAUCUUUGUGGUGGCUGUGUCUUGUGUGUUGGCCAAAACCGUCACUGUGGUUGUCGCUUUCAUGGCUACCAAACCAGGAUCCAAAAUGAGAAAGUGGGUGGGGAAUAGGCUGACUAUUUCCACUGUCCUUUCCUGCUCCAUUCUUCAAGGAGUCAUUUGUAUGGUGUGGCUAGGAAUGUUUCCUCCGUUCCCACAUUUGGACAUGCAGUCACUGAAUGAAGAGAUAGUGGCUGAAUGUAAUGAAGGCUCUAUCACCAUGUUCUACAUUGCUUUGGGCUAUAUGGGAUUUCUGUCCCUCAUCAGCUUAACUGUAGCUUUCCUAGCCAGGAAGUUACCUGACAGUUUCAAUGAAGCCAAGUUCAUCACCUUCAGCAUGCUGAUGUUUUGCAGUGUUUGGGUGUCUUUUAUUCCGGCCUACCUGAGCACCAAAGGGAAAUACAUGGUAGCUGUGGAAAUCUUCUCUAUCUUGGCCUCCAGUGCUGGUUUACUGGUUUGUAUGUUUUCCCCCAAGUGCUACAUUAUUGUGCUCAGGCCUGAGCUGAAUAGGAGAGAGCAGCUUAUGAGGAAACACAAUUAA